AUGAACGUUCCUUGUAGAUCGAAACUAGCUAGCAAACUGUCGUCCUCGAGUCAUCACCACACCGGUCGUGGUGUGUCACCAUCGAUAAAUGUCACUUCGAGUGGAUCAGGGACGAAUUAUGCGAUGCCGCCGUCAGCAUCAUCGAACUCAACACAUCAAUAUCUCUCUGCGAAGCGAUGUCAAAGUGCUCAAUCGUCCUUAUCAUCAUCAGCAGCUGAUCUACGAGAAUUGACAACGACACUCCAAGAACUGAACAGCCAUUUCAAGAAAAAUGUGAAACUUUUAGGAGAAAUUAAAGACAACAUUGUUAAAGUUUACGAAAAAAAAGAAGCACGACCAGUUGAUGAUACUUCUGGCGUACACAAACUAGAACGCGUGGCCGUAGAAUUGCGAGUAGUGUUCUUGAAAAUCGGUGAAAUCGAUACGUUGAAAGAACAGUUUCAAGCGGAAGCUUUCAUUCAAGCACGCUGGCAUGAGCCAACAUUGAAAGGAACGGACAUCGACUGCUUUGAUGCGAACAAGUUUUGGAAUCCACUGUUAUAUAUCGACAAUUCCGUUGGAGAUAUAAAAAAUGACGUUUGGCAUAAAGUUGUUUAUGAUGGCAUUGACAUACCGAUGAUUUACGAAAUGCGAAAAGUCAAAGGUGUCUUUCUAGAAAAUUUAGAAUUAAACGAUUUUCCAGUUGAUGUUCAAGAUCUGUCAAUUACAGUAUCGACGACAAGAACAGUCAAUGAAGUGUUGCUCACUGCAGAUACCCACCAAUUGAGUGCGAUUAAUACACAUGCCUUUAUUGAUCAGCAAGAAUGGCGUUUACAUGAACAUGUGGAAACAUCGACAAAAUUAUUGUCGAGUCCGUUUACACCAUCACAAAAUCAACAUCCAGCAUUUUCAGCAACCUGCCAUGCUGCACGUCGACCCGGUUAUUUCUAUUGGAAUGUUUAUUUUCUAAUCUUUUUUAUAACAGUAAUGGCAUUUGCCACGUUCAGUGUCACAUAUAAUCUUCCACAAAAUCGUCUUCAAUUGAGUUUCACACUUCUACUAACUGCAGUUACUUUCAAAUGGGUGGUUGUUCGAUGUUUACCAACGAUAUCGUACUUGACAACCUUAGAUAAAUAUGUUCUCUUGUCGAUGGUCAUGUUAUGUGUCGUGUGCGCCUGGCAUGCCAUCAUCGCUCAAUAA